CUUACGGAAUGUCAUGCACUGUGCUGUCACUUGUCAAAAUAAUGAUGAUACAUUAUUGUUGAUUACGAAAACGAAUUAAUUUUAAACACAACAAAGGCCAUACGACGCGGAAACAACACGUAGACUCUAUAAACAUGCGUUAUUGACAUACACGUGCAAAACAAACCGCGUAUACGACCGCCUGAACAAACAUCUCAGACGUAAAAUGUUCAGUGCACAUCGAGCGUGAAAAACAUAUCAAUAGUUUUGUGGCGCGGAGAUCCUGUUAGCGCGAACAAUGGCCGCGGCGCUGGCGAACGACUCGCCUAAAUAUCGCAACAGUUUGAUAUGCUGCAGCCCAAGGACGUCGGAUGGCACGGCAGGGAGUCCAUCGUCGUCGUCCACGUCCGGCUGCGUUUCUGCAGACGAGAGCCUCGACUCCACCUACAUCCCAAAGUCAAUAGCAAACAAGAAACUCAAAAUUCACAGUUCCGCGUCACGCGAAGACAUAGAAAAAGCUGUGAUUCAGUGCAAAGAACUAAUUUUAAACAGUACUCAAUGUUCUGAUGAAAGAAAAUGGCUGGUCAGAUAUUUAGUUGAGUUAAGAUUAAGGCUAGAGGAUUUAAAGGAGAACGAUGGUCAGGCGAGGCUCCGGGUCGCCAUCAAAGGUCACCAUUUCGAACAACAAAUGAAUCCAAGCAACAGAAAACAGUAUUGCGAUCACUGCAGUGGUGUGAUUUGGAGUAUAGUGCAAAACUCGUAUGUGUGUAGUGACUGUGGAUAUCUGUGCCACUACAAAUGUGUAGACCAGAUUUGCAGGAUAUGUGCACAUGUUGUUAUGACAGAAAAAGGGGAGUUUGAAAUGAAUAUAUGCCCUGAAAAAGGCCUGGCCGCUCAGGACUACAAGUGUGUUGAAUGUCAAACAGCACUAACAUUCAAAGACUCAUGGAAUGAGCCUCGUUUGUGUGACUAUACUGGUCUUUACUUUUGUGGGACGUGUCACUGGAAUGAUCCAUCUCCAAUCCCAGCAAGAGUUGUCCAUAACUGGGACUGGGACAAGAGGUAUGUGUCACGGAUUGCAUACCAAAUGUUGACACUAUCAUGGUCAAGACCGUACAUUGAUGUUGAGAGAAUAAACCCUAGAUUAUUCAGCUUCAUAGCUGAGCUGGAGUGGGUACACAAAAUGAGGAAGGACUUGGAGUGGAUGAGACGGUACUUAUGUGCGUGUGCAGAGGGCUCUACUUUACUUUCACCACUAUUUGUACAGCUGGGUGAUGUAAACAAGAAGUACAGUAUGGCACACUUGCAAGCCAUUAAUGAUGGCUCCCUCGAGACACAGUUGACUGAACUGACAGAAGUAUGUCGAGCGCACAUAACAAACUGUCAGUUGUGUUCAGGCAAAGGUUAUUUGUGUGAAGUAUGUGGAAAUAAUGAGGUUUUAUACCCAUUUGACAGUGGCGCAGUGAUGUGCGAGAAAUGUAAUUCUCUGUACCAUAGAGGAUGCUGGCUACGUAAAAGCCAAAUUUGUAUGAAGUGUGCACGCUUGGACGAGCGCAAGAGUCAGACUUCUGAAGUAAGCCACACUGUCUCCGAAUUAGAAUAUGAUAUUGACAAGUUUGUUGACUAGCUUUUUCCAUUAUAUUGCAAAAGUUGCCCAUUUCUGAUCUAUUGUUUAUAACUGCAUUAUUUUCCUUGAUUUAUACCUUUUCAUAUCAUCAUGA